GCCCAACCCUUUACCAAACCCAACAAACUCCCAAUCCACUCCACGGCUCCACCCCAAUUCCACCACCACCAUCACCACCACCGUGCACCUCGCCGGGUCACACACGCCGAUGCGCGCCGCCGAGCUGCCACCGCCGCGGGAUCGUCGCUAGGUUUUCCGGGCAGCGGCCAUGUUGUACCCGGAGCGGCCGGGCCGCGUCAACGGCACCGCCACCGUGGACUGCGCGGCGUACCCGCUCGACUGCCUCCCGUUGUGCCCCACGGGCAACUGCUCCGAGAUCGCCGAGCCGCAGCCGCCGCCGUUCUCGCCGCGCACGCGCGCCGAAGUGGCCAGCGACGACCACCACCUCCCCGUACGCCUCCUCCUCACCGUCUCCCUGCUCUCCGCCUUCCUGUUCCUCUCGCUCGCUGUCUCCACGGUCCUGCUCUACCGCCGCCGCGUCAUCCUGCGCCGCCGCCGCCGGGCCGCGGCCGCGCCGCUGCCCGGGGACGACGGGUUCGGCGACGGAGAUGAGGAGGCGGGGGGCGGCGGAGGGGAUGUGCACCACGUGUGGUACAUCCGCACGGUGGGGCUGGACGAGGCCACCAUCACGUCCAUAGCCACCGCGGAGUACCGCGCCGGAGUUGGGUGGGGAGGGGACUGCGCGGUGUGCCUCGGCGAGUUCCGCGACGGGGAACUGGUCCGCCUCCUCCCGCGCUGCGCGCAUCCGUUCCAUGCACCUUGCAUCGACACCUGGCUUCGCGCACAUGUCAACUGCCCGCUCUGCAGAUCCCCAGUGGUCGUUCCCUCUGAUCUCCCCGCCACGGCUACCGAAGCUGAUGCAGAAGGUGGACAAGUGGAAGAGCACCAGGUGUUUGAUGAAAUAUCUCUGUCGGAAUCACAUGACGAGGUCUCCGAGGAUUCCGACGCCUCUUCGGAUACUCAAAGUGAGGACACAGCAGCUGCCGCAGAGGACAAUGGGAGGAUGAUGCCUAAGCCAAUACGGCGCUCAGCGUCCAUGGACUCACCGUUAUUCCUGGUGGUUGUGCCUGAUGCUCAGGACGAUGCCGUGCGGGCUAAUCGAAAAUUGCCUAAUGGUCAAGAGAUGAAGGUUUUCAGUGUGAAGGGGAAGGAAGCAACAGGGACGUCUUCUUCCUCUUGUCAGGCAGGCCGGUUUGGGAUUUGCAGGUCGAUGUCGAGCAGUGGGCAGGGGUUCUUCUUCUCGCGGAAUGGGCGCUCCAGAAGUACUGUGUUGCCACUGUGAGUUGGCAUGAUUUUGCUUUCAAAGGGAGUUGCAGCCUCAGUAAAGCUGGGAGCUGGUAGUCUGUCAUGUCUGUUGGUAGAAAGUGUAUACCAGAUAGCCAGAGAGCUGAAGUAGCUCUCGGAGAAAAUCUCCUUUGAGACGAGUGAGUUGACAAUUGUAACUGUGGGGAUGAUAAGUAUUUCUUGAGUUGACGAGCUCGUGUUAAUUUGUACCUCCCAGGUUGCCUGUAUCAUAGUUUCGAGCUUGGGAUCUAGUGAAUUUGAAGGAUCAAACUGAAGUUUUCCUUCUAUAUCUCAUGUAACACUAUGCAAGAAGGAUUGGAUUAUCACCUA